AUGCUGGGGCGCAAGCAGGACCUGAUAAUCGGCUACGCGAUGUCACCGACGAUUGCGGCGGAUGCGACUAUCAUCCAGAUUGAUCCGUCGGAGGCGGAGAUCGGGCGCAAUCGGGGUGUUGCGGUGGGUAUCGCGGGCGAUGUGGAGGCUACGCUGCGGCAACUGACGGCGGAGGCUUCCAAGCAUACAUGGAACGAACUGGAUUGGAUUAGCGAGCUGCGUUCUGAGGGCAGGGCGUGGCGCGAGCACCUGGAAUCGCUUGCGGUGCCGGAUGCGCCGAUGCAUGCGAUGUAUGUACACAAAGCGGUGAUGCAGAUACUCCAGCCGGAUGACUACCUGGUGUUCGACGGUGGGGACUAUUGCCACUUCGGGCGGGCGUAUCUACCGGCGCGGAUGCCUAAGAGCUGGCUGUAUGUGUCGCCGUCCGGGAUGCUGGGGCAUACCUUCCCGACUGCGCUUGCGGCGAAGCUGGCGCAUCCUGAGCGGCGGGUGAUCGCGUUCAGCGGCGACGGGGCGUUCGGGUUCAACGGCAUCGAGUUCGAUACGGCGGUGCGCCAUAAUCUGCCGAUUGUGUGCGUAAUGGGUAACGAUUCGGCGUGGGGCAUCGACAGGCAGAUUCAGAUUGGGGUGUAUGGCAAGCCGGUUGCGACAGACUUGCUGCCUACGCGCUACGAUCAGGUGGUGCGCGGGCUUGGCGGGCACGGCGAGAUUGUGGAGAAUCCGGAGGAACUGCAGCCUGCGUUGGAGCGCUGCCUGAAGCUGGAGCGGCCUGCGCUCAUCAAUGUGCAUGUGCAGCGGCAGGUGAGUCCGCGCGGUCAGUCUGCGAUCAAUCGGUGGAAGAGCCAUACGCUGGAGGCGUUUUAG